CUCCACAUAAUAAUUGCGAAACUCCGCCUUUCGAAUAUUGGCGCCACCUGCUGCAGGAACCUACCUUAUUGGUCGCCGCGAACACAUCUACACAACUCCGCCAGCUAACGCCGCCACCGGCCAGUCCAGCAACGACGAUCCGCACAGGUCCAUACUCGCGCACUUUCGCGGAUAAAGAAAUUUCCUUCGCGCGCACUCAUUCGCGGAAUAAUGGCCCAACAAGUGACAGUCGCGCGUAUCACGUGACAUCGAGAAGCCGCGACUUUUGACGAAAUAAACGGUCGCGGCAAACGCUAACUCCACCUGCGUGAAAUUCAGUGCCUCGUGCGCGUCCUUCCGACCAAGGGCUCUCUCUCUCUCUCUCUCCCGUCAGUGUCAUUCGCGUUUUGUAAUCUUCCUAAUGCGUCGUUGCGGCAGUUUACUCUACGAGGCGAAAUAGAAAAAAUACGAAAAAAAAAAGUAUAAAGCGGACAGUACACUAGUGUGGCAGCAGCACACAGAGGACAAGCCGAUGGACUCCUGAUGCAGUUGGACGACGAUGAUAACUCUUCGGUCGCCGCUGCCGUGUGACGGUUUUGGACGUGCCGGUGCAGCGGCUACUCGCCGAUGAUCAUUUUUGGAGGAGUCCUUAUAAGCUCGGCCCCCGGCGCUUCGCGUCGAUCCGCUGCAUAUCAGCCGAUCGGGAUGUGCGGUGCGUUGUGUGAACCAAGAGAAUGAUCACCGGCUGCCGCUACGCCGAGAGGAUGACAGCCCCGGGCGAGAUCGCAGCCGGCUACCGCCAGCAGCUGCAACGGGACGACGAGCGAGCGGAGAUGAGCCAGCAACCGCCGGCCGUCACGGCCCGUCGACGAUGUGAAAGCUCAUAAAGAAUCGCUGCUUGCGGGCCUCGCAAGAUGGAGGAGGGCGAGAGGAAGAAGAAUCGUGACCGACGCAGCGCCGCACGCCCGGCCCCCAGGAUCAGCAGCUCGCAGUACCAGCCUUCGUCGUUGUCGUCGUCAUCGUCGGAGGCCAGCUCAGCAGUCGCAUCACGCUGCCACCGCGGAAAGCGCCGAACGUUGAUUCCGCGCUGAGCCAGCCCAGUCGAGAUCAGUUUGUCCGUUGCCUCUGGCCCACUGCGACGGGACACGGAAGAGUGAGCCGGGAGAGCUGCUUCAAAAGACUGAGAGGCCUCGAGGCCGAGAAGGAAGAAGUUCGAUAAGCGAGCUGAGCCGCGGGUGACUUUUUGAAAAGUGUGCGCGAGUGCGUGUGUGCGCGUGUGUGCGCGUGUGUGCGGGGGUGAGUGCGCGGCACGACAAUUGGAGCUCGGAGUGCUUCGGCCGAAAUGAGGCGAGGUAGAAGCCGCGAGGACUCGUAGAUAGAGCGAGAGAGAAGAGCGAAGCGGAGGAGAGGAGGAGCGCAGCAGCUCGCGUAAGAUGCGGGAGCUGAACGAGAGCGCAUGCAACGCGUUGUACACGGCCGUCGAGUGGUCCGGACCCGGGAUCAUAGUCACCCUGGCCGUGCUCGCCGUCGUCAACGUCAUGGUCGUGCUCGGCAACGUCCUCGUCAUACUCGCCGUCUACAAUAGCAUCAAGCUGCGCAACGUCACCAACAUGUUCAUCGUCAGCUUGGCCAUGGCCGACCUCAUGGUCGGCAUCGCCGUGCUACCCUUCAGCGCCACCUGGGAGGUCUUCAAGGUGUGGAUCUUCGGGGACAUCUGGUGUUCGAUAUGGCUGGCGGUCGACGUGUGGAUGUGCACGGCCUCGAUUCUGAACCUCUGCGCAAUAAGCCUCGACAGGUAUCUGGCCGUAACGCGUCCGGUCAAAUACCCUCAGAUAAUGUCACCGAAGCGAGCGAGACUGCUGGUGGCCGUCGUGUGGGUGCUGAGCUUCAUCAUCUGCUUCCCGCCACUGGUCGGCUGGAAGGAUCAGAAGGACGACGAGCUUGAGGGCAACAUCACGUUCCCCGAAAACGGCCCAUUCAACACCACGAGCAGCAGCAGCAGCAGCGGCAUCAUCGUCCCCGUCAAGCCCUGUCGAUGGAUUUGCGAGCUCACCAACGACGCCGGCUACGUUGUUUAUAGCGCCCUCGGAUCCUUUUACAUACCGACGCUGGUGAUGCUGUUUUUCUACUGGCGCAUCUACAACGCCGCCGUCUCGACGACCAGGGCCAUCAAUCGGGGCUUCCGCACGACCAAGAGCUCCAAGAUGAUGGGCUCUAGGUUCGACGAGCAGCGGCUGACGCUGAGGAUACAUCGAGGCCGAGCGAGCGAGUACAACGGCAGCAACGGCAGUCCCCGAAGCAGCGACUGCACCGCGGCCCGCAGCCCGUCGCGCCGCGACCGCAUCAAGAUCUCGGUCUCCUACCCGAGCACCGAGACCCUCAACACCAAGUGCAACAACACGCUGGAGCGAACGCCCUCGAGGUGCUCCCAGGUCUCCGUUCACUACAGCAACGGCCAGACCCAGAGCCAACUGUGUCCGUCUUCCAGAACGACGCAUCUCAAGGUCGGAGGCAUCGGCAGAGUUGGAAGCUCCAGAAGGCCGAGCCGGCGCAGCAGUUGCGAGAGCCAAGUAACCGGAGACGUCGUCUCGCUCCGGGAAUUGACUCCAGGGACGAACGAGGAGAAGCCCCGCGUCAUGAAAAUGGGCAAGCGAAACAUAAAGGCUCAGGUCAAGCGCAUCCGCAUGGAGACGAAGGCGGCCAAGACUCUGGGAAUAAUCGUGGGCGGCUUCAUCCUCUGCUGGCUGCCCUUCUUCACGAUGUACCUGGUGCGAGCCUUCUGCCCGAACUGCAUCCACCCGACGGUAUUCAGCGUGCUAUUCUGGCUGGGCUACUGCAACUCCGCCAUUAAUCCCUGCAUCUACGCCCUCUUCAGCAAGGACUUUCGAUUCGCCUUCAAGAAGAUCAUCUGCAACUGCUUCUGCAAGCAGCGAGCGAACACGCUGCGCAGGGGUAGCGACGGCAGCCAACUUACCACGAGAUUUCGUUUUUCAGGAACGAGCGGAGCCCCGGCCGCGCGAGAUGCGGCCCGUCGCAGGGCCUUUCGAUCGAGGACUCCGACCCCGAUCACGGAUCUGACGCCAACGUCCAAUCGCAGAGCGACUCCAGAUGACUGUAGCACCUCGGGCUCGGCGCGCAGUGCCUCACCCUGAGCCUCCUGGCGGCGCCUGUGGUGGACCAGGCGGGCAGCGACGCCGGCGGCGAAGUCAGGCGCAGGGUAUCCUUCGGGGCCGUCGAGAUGCGCCGGGCCGAGAACGAGGAUCGAGCCGACGAUGAUCACGCCAAGCAGCAAUCGGACGACCAUCUCGAGCGAGUCGCCCUCGUCGCGGACGACGAGGCCGUCGGCGAUGGCGCCGGCGCGAGUAGGCGAUCCUCGAGGCUAGGACAGCUGCACCGGAGCUGGGAUUAGGCUGUCUGAAUGCUUCACCAGCGUACGAGGUGCAAGAAUUCCAGGCAGUCGCCCAGAGCCGUGCUCACACACAAAGUUUCGAGCGAAGAAGAAUUACGAGGAAGAGUAAAAAUACACGUAAAUUUGAAAAAAGAAGUGUUACAAGUGUUACAGUGUAUACAAGCGCGCAUAGCCAAAGCACAAACCGUAUAAAUAUGUCGGAAAAGUAUACAUAAAUAUUAUGAAUAAUGUUACUGUCGACGGGUUUUGUCUGAUUUUUUCAUAAUGUUUAACUUUGCCGGUGAGCGCGGAAAGACGCAAAGAACAGAAAAAAACAUAUACACAUAUAUAGCUGCUGUGCGGUUGAUCGAUGCUACACGUUCCGAUAUAUUGUAUACAAUAUAGGGUCUUUGCGUUUACAAUGGUCAUUUUGCUAACUUGUCCGCUUACUGGGCGCAGCCCUGCCCUUUUUUAAAAGCGAUCGGAGAGCGCGAUCCUGUAUAAACUAUACUGAGUUUCCGAAGAAUGUUACCGAACUUUAAAGAAGACAACAAAAUAAUGUAAUUUUAAUCGUAUAAAUACAAAGAAAGUUGUGAGAAUUUA